AUGGAUCCGAGCGCCGAGGAGAAGGCGCGGCGGGUGCGGAGCCUACUCUCCUCCUACUACGGCGGUGGGGUCGGCGGACCGAGCCCGAAGACCGCAUCGCUCCCCGCCAUCGACCGCGACGGAUUCGAUCACGACGCUUACGUCACGGAGUCGGUGCGCGAUGUCCCCUUGGCCGAGCUCCAGGCGAGGUGCGUCUCCAUGGCUGGCGAGAUCAAGCAGCUCGACGGCGACAUGCAGAUGCUGGUGUACGAGAACUACUCCAAGUUCAUCGUGGCCACCGACACCGUCAAGCAGAUGCGAACAAACGUCGCCACCAUCGAGUCCAGGGUCGAGGAACUCACCGCCAGCGUGGACGCCACCGCCGCCGCGGCCGACGCCGUCAACCUCAAGCUCUCGUCGCACCGGGAACAGAUCGAGCAGCUCAACGGCGUCCGCGCGCUCAUCAAGAAACUCCAAGCCGUGUUCGACCUGCCCGCCAAGCUGAGGACGUGCGCUGACACCGGGGCGCUGGCGCUGGCGGUGAGGUACCACGUCGGCGCGCGGCCGCUGCUCGCCAAGUACGGGGACGCGGGCGCGUUUGUCGGCGUCAAGAGAGAGUGCGACGCGGCGAUGAAGACGGUGGAGGAGAAGCUGCGCGCGGGGUUUCACGACGCGGCGGUUUUAGCGGCGGCGCGCCGGAGGAGGCGCCGCGAGAUGCACGAGAAGGCUUCCGAGGAGGCUUCGCACGGGUCCAAAGGCGACGACGGGUCCGAAAACGCGGACACGGCUGGCAGCGACUCGCCGGACCCGUCGCCGUCAACUCUGGACGCGUCCGAAUGCGUCGAGCUUCUGGAGCGGCUCGGGACCCCCUCGGGCGAACUCCAGGGCGCCUACCUCGCGUCGCGCCGCGUCGCCAUGGACCGGUCGUUGGGCGACGCCGAGUCCGCGGCGUCGUCGUCCCCGGUGCCGGACGCGAGGGCGUUUGUCGUGUCGCUCAGCGCGUCCUUUUUGGAGGAUUUUCGGGAGACGGCGGCGGAGUACGCCGAGCUUUUCAAGGAUCGCGAGCCCCUCGUCGCCCUCGGCCGCGAGCUGCUCCAGAGGUACUUCGGCGUCGUCAAGCUGGGUCUCGCGGGGGGCGCCGGGUCUGGGGCGGCCGGCGUCGGGACCACCCCGGCGAGGGGUCUGAUGGCGGCGCUGGCGCAGAUGGCUGCGGAUCUGAGCGGAAUCAACAGGCUGGUGCCCGAGAUUCGUCUGGGCGAUCGCGCGGCGGAGGUGGUGGAGACGGCGACGCGCGAACGCGUCGGCGCCGCGUUCAGGGCGCUGGAGCUUAAGCUCGCGGACGCCAUCGAACGUACGGGCGCGGACGUGGAGGCGAGGGUGACGAACGCGGACGCGGGGGGCGGGGGAACGGACGACGGGGAGGAUGGCGCGUUUUUACUCGAUCGCUUCGAGGAGCUCCGCGACGCGACGCUCGCCGGCGUGAAGGAGGCGCUCGCCGAUACCAGGUCGCUGCUCGAGGAGAGGCCGGUGAUGGUGGCGUCGUGGCGGGAGGAGUUUGAGUCCCUCGUUCGGGGCCACGCCGCGUCCACCCUCGACGCGCUUCUCGCCGGGCUGAGGUCCGCCGCCGGACCCCCGCCCGUCCUCCUCGUCCACGCGCGCCUCGCGAGCUUCAUGGAGACGGACGGCGUCCCGACCAUCGCGCGAACCCUCGACGCCUUCUUCCCAGCACCGAAAGACUCCGAGGCGAACACGCGAACGCUCUUCGCGGAGAAGGAACAAAUAUACGCCCAAGUCGCCGACGAGCUCGUUCGCGCGUACGCGGCUGAGCAAACGACGCGCCUCUCGCUCAUGAUCCGUCAGUCCGUCGCGUUGGGUCGGUGGGACGUCGCGAACGAGCCGAGGGACGUGUCGCCGGUGGUAAAAGCGGUGGUGGCGUCGCUCGUCGCCGUCGAGACUGAGACGGCGGGGAUACUGGAGGAUGGCGGCUACGGCUCUCUCUCGGCUCUCUCCGAGACGCACGCGGCGCCUGCGACGGGCAUCGACCGGGGCGUCGCGGACCUGUUCCGGGGUGAGGGCUCGGCGUCGUCGUCCGGGGUGUUCGACGUCGCGGUGGAACCCACGCGGGCGCACGUGCUGGGCGCGGUGACCAAAUCGGCGCUCAAGUCGUUCGUCGAGUGCGUUCGGGGCGUGCGACGGUUCAACCGGUGCGGGUACCAGCAGACGCAGGCGGACGCGACGUACCUGGACAGGCGCGUGAGACGUUUCGUUUCCAUUGAUUCGGACGUGGCGGGGGUGGUGGGGUUGUGUGGGGCGAUGGUGAGCGCCGCGGGGGAGAGGAGCGAAGAUCCGACCCCCCUGGACCCGUUCGUAGUCGACCGCAUCCUGUCGCAGAAGGCGAAUCGGUGA